UCAAGAACCAAAUUAAAUUUUGGUAUUGCUUCAUCAAAUUUUGCAUUCAAUUUUUGAAAAUGGGUAGCAUCCAUUAUGAAAACAACAACAACAUUCAUAUCACCAACCCAUUAGAUCCAGAGGAAUUCAGAAACCAAGCAUACAAAGUUGUUGAUUUUAUUGCAGAUUAUUACAAAAACAUAGAACAAUUCCCAGUUCUUAGCCAAGUUCAUCCUGGUUAUCUCCGAAAAACCCUUCCCCAACAAUCCGCUCCGGAUGAUCCCGAGUGUUUGGAAUCCAUUCUUCGAGACGUCGACCGAUUUGUCGUUCCGGGUAUUUCUCAUUGGCAAAGUCCUAACUUUUUUGCUUACUUUCCUUCUAGUAGUAGCACUGCCGGACUUCUGGGAGAAAUGCUGAGUACUGGGUUCAAUGUCGUCGGUUUCAAUUGGGUGUCAUCGCCGGCGGCUACCGAGCUUGAAAUGUUGGUGGUUGAUUGGUUUGGUGAGAUGCUUAAGCUGCCUAAAUCUUUCCUUUUUUCUGGCGGCGGCGGUGGCGGCGGGGUUCUUCAGGGAACCACUUGUGAAGCAAUUUUGUCCACUCUGGUGGCUGCUAGGGACCAGAAGCUUAAAGUGAUUGGAAGAGAUAUGUUUAGUAAGCUUGUUGUUUAUGGCUCCGACCAAACACAUAUGUCCUUACAAAAGGCUGCACAGGUCGCAGGUUUUGGAGAAGAAAAUUUUCGAGUGAUCAAGACGACAAAAUCGGAUUCGUUCGGGCUAUCUCCAACCUCCCUAAAAAUGGCAAUUCAAUCCGACAUAGAAAAAGGAUUCGUCCCACUAUACCUAUGUGCAACCAUCGGAACAACUUCCACCAACGCGGUCGAUCCACUCGACUCACUCUGCGAGAUAGCUCAACAAAACAGAAUUUGGGUUCAUGUCGACGCCGCAUACGCCGGUAGCGUCUGCAUAUGCCCGGAGUUUCGACAUUUCCUCAACGGUGUCGAGAAGGCAAAUUCAUUCAGCUUGAAUGCUCACAAAUGGUUCUUCACGGCGCCGGAUUGUUGUUGUCUAUGGCUGAAGGAUCCGUCAGCAUUGAGAAGCUCUCUCUCAGUGAACCCUUCAUAUUUGAAGAACAAAGCAACAGAUUCCGGCGAAGUUGUGGACUAUAAAGACUGGCAGAUUACAUUGAGUAGAAGAUUUCGUGCCAUGAAAUUAUGGGUUGUCAUGAAAAGCUAUGGAGUUGCUAAUUUAAGGAUGUUCUUGAGGAGCCAUGUCAAAAUGGCUAAGCUUUUUGAGGAGCUUGUGGAGAGGGAUGAGAGGUUUGAGGUGGUGGUUCCGAGGAAUUUCGGGUUGGUUUGUUUCCGAUUAUCGUUUUCUGAAAUCGAUAAGUCGAACGCGAUGAACUUGAAAUUGUUGGAAAGGAUUAACAAGUCAGGAAAAGCUUUUAUGACGCAUGCAAUGGUUGCGGGAAUGUAUCUGAUUCGAUUUUCUGUAGGUGGGACGAUGACAGAGGAACGACAUGUCGUUACAACGUGGAAGCUAGUGCAGGAGCUAGCUGAUGAAAUAUAUUUAAUGUAACGUUCAUGGUAAGUUGAUUGGAUUCGUUCGGCUCAUCGAAUUAGAGUCGAGAGAAAAAAUCGAGCUCAAAUGGUUUAGAAUCUAGGUUGACCAAGUCAAGGGUCAAUUAGGUAGACGCUUCUCUCUCUAAUAUUUUUAAUAAUCAACAAUUUUCACUUUU